AUGAGCGGCGGCGGUAUCCAGACUGCCGUUCGUGACGGUCGGCGCACUUCUCGACAAUCUACUGGCAAUGGCAUGAAUACCACCGCCCUCCAGGGUGCGAACAUCGCAUUCAAUGCCUACUCUGCACAACGAGGAUUUCAACCGAAUACGCCCAACAGAAGCGAGAUAACUCGAAUGGCCCCGAAAUCCGAUUCACUCCGUUCAGCCCAGCAUCGUGCUGAAUCCGAUGCCGAUGAUGCCGAAUCCGUGUCCGAGUUGCCAGAAGCUGGUCUUGUCAUGGAUAGGAUAAAAGCAUUCUCCGCAUCUAGGAACAACGCUGUGCUGCCGAGUAUUCAGAGCAGAAAACACGGCGAUGUUCUACAAUCAGAGCCCCCGCAAAUACAAGCUGCAGCACUGGCAGCUAUAAGAUCUGCGAGUCGCACUCCUCAAUCUACACCUUCCUCCCGGUCGAUCUCACCGAUCACGAGAACGACGACCGGAACUAGUCCUUCCCGGAGAAAGGCUAUUUCGCCAGCGCCGAAGCCCGAUUUUCUGUCCGCUGCUCGAAGCCCUAGGCCCCUGCACGCCCCAGCCCCAGUUCGAAAGGUCCCAGUUACUGCACAUUCGCUGGCGAAUAUCACAGACGAGGGAAAAGCUAGAGCGAACAGUGAACGACCGCAAUCUAGGAAACCUGAUUCUAUUAAGAACCCGGCUACAAAAGAGGCGGCGAGGAACCGGCCAAAAGCAGAGAAUAUUAUCAAUCCAUCGUCCGAUAGAGAGCGAAGAAUUUCGCCUCUCAGACAGCCAUUGGGGUCUCAAUUGGAUAAAGAUGAACAACCUAAGCUGACACCGCCAACCUCUAAGCCUAAACCAGCUGCAACAAACAUUGAAGAGAAAAACUUGCAACCCGAACCACCCAAAAGAAAUGUGCCCCGUCUACGUGAUGAUACCUACACAAGCGCACCUCAGUCCCCUCGAAGCAGUACUACAAGAAUUCCUGACACAAGUCAGCCAGAUACUCCCACUAGACGCUUUUCAUAUGCACCGUCAACUUUUGACGAGGCGACAACCCCCGGUAAUUUCCAUAAUACCAUCAGUCGUCAAGAUACUGGGGAUACGGAAAGUACCACGGGCAUGACAAAAGAAUCUUUAGCAAAUGCGAUAAUUGCUUCUUCCUUGGCUUCAUCUCGCGCACCGUCACCGUACACCCCUCUUCCCCCGCUUCCUCCACCUCGUCGUUCGCGAUCUCGUUCUCUACUGCAUCCAGGAGAUAUUUUAAAGAAGGAUGUUCGCAAGACUCCUAGUCCUCCAAAAGGAAUGCGGCAAACUCUUAGGGAGCCCCACAAAUCUGAUGAUGAGGUCAAUAAGAACUCGAAUCGGCGCCAUUUGAUCAAACAUCACCCUCAUAAGCACCAUGAAGGCAACCGCAGACGCUGGCGUCAAGAGGUUACAGAACCUGCCCGCAAAAGAUACGAAGGAGUAUGGGCGGCAAACAAGGGGCUGUGGGUACCCCCGGAUAGUAUGCUGUAUCGAAUUUUCCCUGAUCUGCCACGCGCCCUGGUAGUUUCAGACCUCGUGGUGCAUCUCGUGGUGCGUGAUAUCUGGACACGCAGCCGUUUACCCGAUCACACUCUCGAACAAAUAUGGAAUCUAGUCGACCGCAAGGGAAUCGGCAUGCUAGCGCGGGAAGAGUUUGUGGUCGGCUUGUGGCUUAUCGACGAGACCCUCCGAGGACAUAAGAUUCCCGUGAAGGUGCCGGACAGCGUAUGGGACUCCGUUCGUCACUCGCCGGGCAUUAAGGUGCCGCAAGAGUUUUGA